AAUCGUGACGGUAAUAUCGCUCAAAUGGCAAUGGGAAGGUCUCUUGGUACGACUUUUGUCGUAUUAGCUAUCUUUGGUGUUCUUCUUUCCUUAUAUUUCGACCAAAAUCUAGUGUCUGAAAUUCUUAGUAAGUUCAGCGUGUCACUAUUAGUUGUUCAAAGUCCUGCAACUCGAGUUUUUACUAUAGAAGAGUUAAGUAAAUAUGAUGGAAGUGAAAAUAGUUUGGGCCUAUACUUAUCCAUUAUGGGUGAAGUAUUUGAUGUAAGUAAAGGUGCCAAAUUUUACGGACCAGGGGGCGGUUAUCACUUUUUUUCAGGAAGAGAUGCUUCUAAAGCUUUUAUUACUGGAAAAUUUGAAGAUGGUCUGACAGAUAAUGUCGAUGAACUAUCGCCAACGGAUUUAGUAGCGCUAGUGGAUUGGAAAGACUUUUAUCAUAAGGAGUACAAAUAUGUCGGAAAGCUUGAUGGAUGGUUUUUUAAUUCUGACGGCCAGCCGACCGAAAAUUACAAAAUGGUGAACGAAAAACUAGAAAUAGCAAAAUUGGAAAAACACAGUGAUAAACUUGAUGAACAGAUGUUUCCCCCUUGUAACUCCGAGUGGUCUCAAGCUGAUGGUGGCUUUGUUUGGUGUUCAAAAUCGUCUGGUGGAAUUGAAAGAAAUUGGGUAGGAGUUCCGAGAAGAUAUUUCAGAUCUGGAAAAACUGAACCUCGUUGCGCGUGCGUCAGAACAACAGGUCCACCCUCUGACAAUAGAGCAAGCAAAUCAAACAACGGAGAUUUGGACAACCCCAACCUUAGGGAAUAUCAAAAUUGUGAUAGACUAUCUGAGAGAUGUAGAGUUAUGUAG